AAUGCAACAUUAAAAUGAAGACGUAAAAAUUUACCUGUUUACGAUAGCAUAUCCGAGGCUACGGCCAACAAUUUUGUGACCUUGCCGGCUGAAUUCGUAAACCCAGAAAUAUGCUGUCGACACUUGCAGUGAAGAAAUUAAUGCCAAAAGCGUUCAGCGGUGUAAGGGUACUUUCCAUUACACCAUGCCGACAGGCGGCAGCUGUUGCACAAAGCUCGGAUGCUCAAGUUGCAAAAGCCCAACCAUUGGCGCAAUAUGAAGAUCUUUAUCCAAGCUCCGAAAAUAUCCCAAUAUCUUUAGAAGAGAAGGUUGCUAACUGGAAGAGAGCUAAUGAAAUCUUUUUUGGUCCGGAACGUGAUUUAAAAAAUUUCCCACAUCCUGUUAUGCCAGUCACAGUUGCCGAGACAUACCACUUUGGAAUUAUACCAACAAGAUGGUUUAAGGCACUUUAUCCCAAGCUUGGUGUCAGUGGUGGCUACACAGUCACUCUUGGAACAAUUCUAUUUCUUCUCAGCAAGGAGCUUUUUGUAUUGACCUAUGAAACCAUUGAGUUGAUAGCCUUAUUCAGCAUAUUGAAUGCUGUGCGCUGGAAGUGGGGAGAUAACAUAAAAAACUUUUUGGACAGGAAACAAAAAGAAAAAAUGGAUUUUCUGUACCACACUCCAUUGCAUGAAGCAACAAAAGGCUACAAAACUGAACUUACUCAGAUCAAUACUGAAAUUGAGAGAAAAGAAGCUAUCCCAACUAUCUUUGAGGCUAAACGGGAACAAGUUGAUCUACAGCUAGAAGCUGAAUACAGGGAACGAUUGGCUAAUGUUUAUGCUACGGUCAGAAAUCGUCUGGAGUACCAGGCAGAUUUGGAACACACAGUUCGAUCUUUUGAGCAGACCCAUAUGGUAAACUGGAUUGUGAACAGUGUGAAAAAAGGAAUCACACCACAGCAGGAGAAAGACAGCAUUGCAAGCUGUAUUCGCACAUUGAAGGGCUUGUCGGCCACAGCAUCUAUUUAAAUAACGGAGAAAUCACUAACUGUAGUUGUUUUAUGAUGAUAACAUAGUUUAAUAUUGUGUUUACAAAUACGAAAUUAUUUCAAUUUUCAUCACAGAAAGUUCGUACCAUGUAUGGUUUUGGUUUUCGAUGCCAAAAUAAUUUCUUCAUUAAAAGUGAACAUGGAACUUUUUAUAGACUUCAUUUUGAGAGAUUGACAAAAAUGUAAGAGUUGAUAUUUAAACAAAAAUUUGUUUGAGGAAUUAAAGAAUUUGUAUGUUGAA